GACACUUCCGUCAAAGUGAAGAUUUGGCUCGAUCCAGUCUCCCAUCUUUACGUGUAUUUUUUAAACAUAUGUGCAACAACUUCUUAGACGAUGUUACAUGUCUUGAGAAGAGACAAAUAUUGAUUUAGUUGCUGUUGUAAUAAUAAUAUAUGUGAUACCCUAAUCGGAGCAAGUAACCAAACACUCUUCAAGCCACUUGCCAAACAAAAUGUCUGUCAUAACAAGGGUUCCAGAACCGAAUAUUUGGAAUGAAAUCUGCAAAGAAAUAGCUGGACAAAGGCCUCCUUUCCGAGAAGAAGACACAUCAUCAGUGCUUACAGAUUACAAAGACUAUGAUCCUUCACUUCAUCAUCCAGCCUUCUAUGGGAAGAUGCAUGAAAGAAUAGAGUGUGACGCUGACCCUUACACAGAGGUCGAUGUAUCCACGAGUCAUCCUUCCUGUAUCGGCUACUCCUUCACACAGAAACCUCCGAAAUCACCCUCACCACCACCUCCUCCACCUCCAAACAAAGACACUUGCACAGCUCGAGAGUAUCUGGAACACUAUGUCCUACCUGUAUUGCUGCCAGCCCUUGAAGCGAUGCUCCGACAGGCCAAAACAGAAAAAUGCUUUGAGAGAAAGAGAACCAAAUUCAACGCACUGGAUUUUAUUACAGAGUACUUAUACAGGCGAAAAUCCCAGUACACUGACCGAGGAGAUACUGACCUCUGGAGCAUCCCGUUUGUGCAGGAGUGGCUGAAAGAACACCCCCGUCCACCUCUGCCGCUGUCUCUCAUCUGGACAGAGGAGGAGGCUACACUCAUCAUACAGUCCCACUGGAGGGGCUAUCUGGUCCGUCGGGUUCCAGAAAUCCAGGAACUCCGGCAGUGGCAGAAGGAAUGGCGAGAGGAGAAUCAGGGGAUCCAGACCCGUGUCAGCGACUUCUGGGACAAGCAGAUGCCAGACUGGGACAAACCAACCCCCAAUGCCUCCAAGACCAAACUGGACACGGAGGGAGAUAUUCCCCCAGCAGUCGAGUCCCCGACUCCCUCCCAGUAGAGAACUGUCACCAUUGUCUUGAUGUUGUAUCACCAUGUGUUGAUGUGUUCCAUUGCUUCCACAGGAUGGUGUGUGAUCUGUUCACAGGACAUCUUGUUCAGACCUUUAUUUUGUAUGGAAGUAACUUUAUGGGUACAGAGAAUGAGCAACUAAGGAUGAUGAAUAUACUUUUCCAGUCAUGCAGUGAUAUUUUUAAAGCUGUAGGUUGAAGGCCUCUUUGAUCAAGACAUUGUUUUCUGCCACUUCAUAAUCCCCCAAAAUGUCCUCUCCGAAGGGAAUGAAAGUAGAUAUUUUUAAUGAUUAUUAAAUUUCCAGCCUCAAUUCAAAACCACAUUACAGUCUCUUACAUUGUAUUGAAGAUUUAUUUCCAUUUUACUUCAAAUUCUGGAGUGAUAAAAAUGGUAAAUGUGCAAAUUUUAUCCCUUGGGAUUCACAAAUGCUUUGAAUCCAACAAAUAAUUUUACUGCUCUGGACCCAUUUGCACAAAGCAAUCUUAGAGCUAGGAUGAUCAUAAUUCCCAUACUCUAACAUAGCCUGAGAUAGUCGUGGCACUAAGAUGACUUUGUGAAAGUGGGCAUCGCAGUUUGUUGCAAGUAUGUAUUUUAUACAACAUUUAAUGUCUGAUUAUAAUCAGCUGAGCUAUAUAAUAGACUGAUUAAGUCGAACUUAUGACUAUAUUGACGUAAAAACUUGGUCCUUGCGUACUCAAGUCAUCAUUUUGCAUUGCAUUUUGUGUCAAAUCUUGGAUAGCUGUAAGUAUUUAUGCAGGGCCCAUCCACACUACAGUGUUUGGCCAAAACUUGUAAAUGAAGUUCAGGACAGAAUACAUUCAUCUUGGCUGUUUUUUUUCAUAUUAGAGGACAGAAUGUUGUUGACGAUCUUUGAAAUAUGGUAUGACAGUUACAUAGCACAGAUUGUUUUGUAAACAUAUACUUCUGUUUGGAAGCUACCUUAUCAAUUAUGUUAUGAUGGUUUGCAAGUUUGUGUACAUAUGUACAUUAUGUGAAUUUGUAUUUUCUGCCUCUGUACAUAUAUUAACUUGUUCAAAUUGUUAUGUUUCCUGUGAGUUGAAAAUGUCACUCCAGUGUUUCACAGUGAGAAAUAAUAAAACAAAAUCAAAACUUU